UUCUUGAUGAUAAACAGGCAUCAGAAAAUUUAUUAGAAAUUUGAAGAGCAGGAUGUUGGGCCUCUGAAUGGGAACCUUAGUAGUGCCAGUGACAAAGAGAGAAUUAAAUAUGAGUGAUGUUGAGAAAAGCAAGAUUUUCGUCCAGAAGUGUGCCCAGUGCCACAUGGUGGGAAAGGGAGGCAAACACAAGACUGGGCCACAUCUCCAUGGUCUCUGGACGGAGGACACAUCAGUCUUUAGAUUUUCUUACACAGAUGCCACUAAAAACAAACGCAUCACCUGGGGCGAGGAUACACUGAUGGACUGCUUAGAGAAUCCCAAGAAGUACAUCCCUAGAGUGAAAAUGAUCUUCACUGGCAUUAGGAAAAAGGCAGAAAGGGCAGACCUGAUGGCCUAUCUCAAAAAAGCUAACAAUGAGCAUUAGCCACUGCCUUGUUUAUUACAAAACAGGAACGUGUCAUGACU